AAGAGGUAAAAAGCGAGUGUAGAGAGAGGAUUGGUUUGCGGUGCCCGUGAAAAUGCGACACUCGUACCUGCUGCCACUGAAAGAGCGACAGCCUGCAAGAGCCGCGGGCGCUGCGAUGCUAAUGUUGUCGGGGGCUUUGACUUCUCCCAGCCAUUGCGAGCGAGCUGCUCCGCCUGACAGCCACGCUCUCCCCGCGCCGCCUCCUCCUCACAGUCUCCCCGAGAAAAAGGACGAGAAAGGAGGAAAAGAGACACCAAACCAAAUCUCGUGAGGGGAAAAAAAAGAAAAAAAUGGACGAGACGGAUAUCAUGGACCUGACGCAUCAGAAGGCGAGGAAGCGGCCGCGGCCAAUCACCUCCGCGGACGAGGCGGCGGUGCACGCUCCCCUCAAACGAGCGCCCAUGCGGGCGCCAGAGUGCCGCGAGACGUCGCUCAUGUACGCGGUGCGCGGAGAGCCGGUGCCCGCCGCCUCGCUCAAGCAGAAUGACCACUCGGUGACCUCGUCGCCCACCAGCGUCAUGCCGGCGCAGGAUAAUCGCUCCAGUAUGUCCCGGCCCAUGAUCACACGCUCGCCAGUGUCUCCCUUGAGCAACCAGGGCAUCCCCACGCCGGCGCAGCUCACCAAGUCCAACGCGCCGGUGCACAUCGACGUGGGCGGACACAUGUACACCAGCAGCCUGGCCACACUCACCAAAUUCCCCGAAUCCCGAAUCGGCCGCCUCUUCGAUGGCACCGAGCCCAUAGUGCUGGACAGCCUGAAGCAGCACUACUUCAUUGACAGGGACGGACACAUGUUCCGCUACAUCCUCAACUUCCUCAGGACGUCCAAGCUGCUCAUCCCGGACGACUUCAAAGACUACAGCCUGCUGUACGAGGAGGCCAGAUACUUCCAGCUGCAGCCCAUGCUGUCCGAGCUGGAGCACUGGCGCCAGGACCAGGAGCUGGGCCGGGUGUCGCGCCCCUGCGAGUGCGUGGUGGUGCGCGUCGCGCCCGACCUGGGCGAGAGGAUCACGCUGAGCGGCGACAAGGCGCUGAUCGAGGACGUCUUUCCCGAGAUCGGCGAUGUCAUGUGCAACUCGGUCAACGCCGGUUGGAACCACGACUCCACGCACGUCAUCCGCUUCCCGCUCAACGGAUACUGCCACCUCAACUCCGUCCAGGUUCUGGAGCGCCUGCAGCAGCGAGGCUUCGAGAUCGCCGGCUCCUGCGGGGGAGGCGUGGACUCGUCCCAAUUCAGCGAGUACGUUCUGAGGCGGGAACUGAGGAGGACGGCUCAGCGAGGAGGACCCAAUUCCAAUAGGAUAAAGCAAGAGCAGCUAGAUUAGAGACUGCUGGACUUUUUCAGUGCUCUGGACUCGUCUUCACUUUUUCUUCAUUGUUUUUUUUUUUUUUUUUUCUUGUCAAUGUUUUUGUUUUCUUAUAAAAUCAUCUAGAGAAUUAAAAAAAAAUAAAAUAAAGGUGCAUAUGCGAAUUUGCGACAUUUGAGUUAGAGAUUGCGAGGACAUUUGUGAAUGUCUCCACCUCCCCUCCGUAAUUCAAAAUUGAGAAAGAUUUAUAUAUGUUCUAUCCCUAAAUAAAGUUUGUUUUAAAACUUUGAACCUACAUUAGGUUGAAUAUGUUUUGAAAUCGGCAUAGUGGAUAGCACGUCCGCCUCACAGAUGAGAGGUUGUGGGUUCAAAUCUCAGCCUCGGCCCUCCCGUGUGGAUUUUGCAAGGUCUCGCUGUGUUUCUAUGCGCUAAUUGGAGACUCGAAAUUGUCUAUAGGUGGGAAUGGUUGUGUGUGUAUGUGACCUGCGAUUAACUGGCAACUCGUGUAGGGUGGACGCCAGCUGGGAUAGGCUCCAGCUCACCCGCGACCAAUUGAGGACAAGCGCUGUUAAAAAAUACAAAAAAGAGUACAGAAAAUGGAUGGAUGCAUGAUUGGAAAUUGUGCUCCAUGAAUGACUUUAACGGCAUUCCCAAUUGCUCGUCACUGGCGACUCGACGCCGUCGCCUCACCGGUGGCGGUGUGCCGGUGCGGAAUGUGCUCACAGACAGCUUGGCCAGCGCAUCUUUUUCACACUGAAUAUUGUGAUACCAAUGAAGUGUUUUGUACUUUAAUAGUUUUUUUUUUUUUAUUACAUAAAGAUAAUACAUUUCAAUUGAAAGCUCAUGCUGAUUAUUUACUGGAGCAAUGACCGUUUCGUGACGUAGCGCCCCCUCUGUCGCUUACAGGAAUGAAAAUAAUCAGAUGGUGACAACAUGACUGUCAAUGUUUUCAUUGUUUACGUGUUUUUUUUUUAAUUGACAUUU